AUGGUCUCCACCAUUGACAACAACCCUCUGGUUCCCAACUCGAUGCAGACUCAAAAGUCGCUUCGCGACAAUGAGCAGUCCGCCGGUCAGACUCACAGGCUCAACGAUCUGCAGAUGAUAGUGGACAGAAAUGUGGCACCAUCCCCCCAAGCGAUGUGUGCCGAACUUGCCCAUGCCCAUGCGCUGGAGGACCUCCAUAGGAUUACCGAACAUACGUCCGAGCCGAGUGAUCCAGUGAGAGACAAAGAUCCUUUUUUCACUGUAAACUACGCCGACCAUGCCACUCAGUCUGAGCCUCGCAAGCCUGAUGAGUGA